AUGGCGGCGCCGCGGUACGGGGACGAGGAGGAGGCGCGGUGGCUGAAGGCCUCGCCGGAGACGAACUACAGCUCCGGCGGGUCGGGGUCGGGAUCGGGGUCGGGCACGCCGUCGCCGCAGCUGUGGGCGCACCAGCUCCACCGGCAGUACCCGGCGUCGGCGGGCAGCUCGCCGUCGCGGGCGCAGGCCAUCGCGGGGUACCGCCGCGAGAUGCUCGACCUCGUGCGGGGCCUCCCGGAGUCUGCAUACGAGCUCUCGCUCCGCGACAUCGUCGAGCACCACCACCCGUCCCCGCCCCGCGAUCCUCCCUCUCCUCCUCAUCCUCCGCCGGCUAGCACCGCCGGGGGGCGCCCGCGCCCCACGAGCCGCGCUGUCCUCGUCGUCCCCGCGGCUGCGCAGGAGAAGAAGGACGAGCCCGCCAUCAUGGCCACAUCGGACGCCGAGGACGGCGGCGGGUCCAGGGGCAAGAAGAAGCAGGGGAGGAAGCAGAGGACGACGAUGCGGAAGCAGCGGAGCCGGAGCAUGGAGCGGAGCGUCAGCCUCGACACCGGCCUGCUCAUCAAGCUCUUCCUCCCGCUCUCCAUCGGCGGCAAGAAGAAGGUCUCACCCAAGCCCGACGACGGCAAGAAGAAGAAGAGUGAGAAGAAGAAGCAGGGGACGAAGAAGAAGGAGGCGGUGGCGGUGGCGGUGGCGACCGCGGCGGCCCCGGCGGCGCAGCAGCAGCAGGAGGAGUGGUGGACCAAGGGCGAGUUCAGCGAGGCCGGGAGCAGCAGCCGGACCAGCAGCACCGGCAGCAGCAACAGCAACAGCAGCGCCGCCAGCGUCAGGAAUGUCAAUGGCGGUGCCAAUCCCAGAGCGCCGGCCAGGAGUUGGAGCAGGUAA